AUGGCAUCGAGCUCAUCAACGAGGAGCACCUACGGGAAUGACGCCGACCGCACGAGCCUCCAAGGCGCCGUUGCCAACGCCCAAGACUCUGGCAUAUGCUCCGCCGUUUGCUCCGGCGACAGAGAUCGAUCCCACUUCGAUGCCAUCAAGGGUGUGCUGCCCCAGGCUGCCAGCGCCAGCGCCAGUGCGAUCCUGCCGGGACAGUAG